AUGCCAUCAAAUGGCGGUUUGGCCGAGUGGUCUAAGGCGAUUGAAAAUCAAUUCCGUUCGCGGGCGCAUGUUCGAAUCAUGCAGCCGUCGUUCCAUUUAGGCGCAAAAACUUCAUCAAAUGGCGGUUUGGCCGAGUGGUCUAAGGCGAUUGAGUAUGUUUCUCUCCAUCAAAACAAAUCCACCAAAACAUUCACUAACAAUUCCAACAGCUAG